UCUCGGAGGCCCAGGAAGCCAGAGGGAGAUGUGUUUCAAAUGCGCCGCAGGAAGUCCAUGCAAGCUUGUCGGGGUUGAAUUUCCUUUCAGGAGAAGCUGAAAGUUUUCCUCUGGAAGUCCAAGUGGAAAUAAGAAGGACCUAUGAGCACACCUCCUGAGAAGGCGAGAGGCGUUCCGGAGGAUGGGAAAGAAAAGAAAGAAGGCGGUGAAGAAACAUUAAAAGAUGGGCACCUGCCACAGAAAGACAGUGAGCUUCAAGAGGAUGCAGAAAAGACGACAAACGGUACAGAUAUGCCAUCUUCCAGAAGCCCACAUCAAGACGCAAAGCACCCAGGCCUAGCUGCAGAAGUGGUGAAGAAAGAAGAGGAUUACACAGCCAGCACAUCAGCUUCUCCUGGAGUUCCUCAGUCGGGCGAUGCUCAGAUGGGCAGCUCAGAGGUGAUCUAUGAUGACGUGCCAUGUGAGGACAUGUCUCGAGGAGAAGGAGACAUGAUCUAUGAGGACAUCCAGCGAGAGGAAGUCCCUCAGGGGCCCAACAACGGCUGGAGUUCCAGCGAGUUCGAGAGCUAUGAUGAGCAGUCAGACUCUGAGAAAGCAGCCUCCCGGAGCAAGCUCUCCCAUGAUGUAUGUCGUAUUCGGGAACGUUGUGCCAAGACCAAGAGGGAGCUAACCUCGAAACUGGGAGGAAAGUACCAGAUGCAUCAGCUCAUGAGAGCAGCGCGAAGUGGUACUAAAGACGGCCUAGAGAAGACCAAGAUGGCUGUCAUGAGGAAAGUGUCCUUUCUCCAGAAAAAAGAUCACUCCGAUGAAGCUGAAGAUGAUGCUGGCUAUCUGGAUGUGAUGGUUACCGAGGCCAAGCAUCCUCCUGCGAAGCUGAGUCCAAUGCCAGAGGGACUUAGCAGUCACCAGAUUGUUCGGCGUCACAUUCUAGGCUCCAUUGUGCAAAGUGAAAGGAGUUACCUGGAAUCUCUUAAACGAAUCCUUCAAGAGUACCAAAGGCCAUUGUUGGAGGCUGAGCCUCGCAUCCUGAGCCCGAGGAAGAUCAGGCCCAUUUUCUUCCGUGUGCGGGAGAUCACUCAAUGCCACUGCAUGUUCCAGAUUGCUUUGGCUUCCCGUGUGGCAGAGUGGGACUCUAGCGAGAAGAUUGGUGACCUCUUCGUUGCCUCGUUCUCCAAGUCCAUGGUGCUGGAUGUUUACAGCGAUUACGUGAAUAACUUCACCAAUGCCAUGGCCCUCAUCAAGAAGGCCUGCUUAUCCAAACCUGCCUUCCUGGAGUUCCUCAAGAAAAAGCAGUCAUCUAGUGUUGACCGGAUCACUCUGUACGGUCUGAUGGUGAAGCCAAUUCAACGGUUUCCUCAGUUCAUCCUCCUCUUACAGGAUAUGCUGAAGAACACUCCUAAAGGACACGUGGACCGCCUCCCCCUGCAGUUGGCACUGACCGAGCUGGAGACUCUGGCUGAGAAGCUGAAUGAACAAAAGCGAGUGGCAGAUCAGAUCACAGAGACCCAACAGCUCGCCCGCAGCGUCAGUGACCGCUCACUUAGCAAGGCCCUGAAUUCAGAUCAGAACUCUUUGGUCCUGUGCGAGACUCUGAUCGAGACGGUGUACAGCGAGCGCGGUCAGGUUCUCAAAUCCAAGGAGCGCAAAGUCUUCCUUUUCAACAACAUGCUCGUCUGUGCAAACGUCAACGUAAAGGGUCCCCCAGACAUUAGCAAUUUGGUUCCAGUGGGACCCAAGUACACCAUGAAGUGGAGUGCACCUUUAUUGCAAGUCCAGGUAGUCGAGGUCGGCAAGGAUGCCCUCGUCCAGCAGGGAGGUGUCAAAAGGUCGGGGAGCUCUUCAACACCAGGUAAAGUGAUCCUGGGUCCCCCUCGACUCUAUCAAGAACUUCAUGAACUGCAGCACGACCUUUUGGUGGUGGAGCAGGUCACUGGUUUGGUGGGGACUUUAGAGGGCACAUACCAGAACCUGAACACCACCGUGGCACAGGACUGGUGCUUGGCCCUGCAAAGGCUCAUCCGCAUCAAAGAAGAGCAAAUACAGAGCGCCAACAAAUGUCGUCUUCGGCUCCAAGUCCCUGGCAAGCCAGACAAGUCUGGCCGUCCAGUCAGCUUCAUGGUGGUGUUCAACACUCCUAGUCCUCUUAGCAAGAUCUCCUGGGUCAACCGUCUUCAUCUUGCCAAGAUAGCACAGAGGGAAGAGAACACACCCGGCUGGAUCUGUGCAGAAGAUGACGGGAGAACAAAGGCUCCGCUCUGGUGUCCACUGCUUGCCUGUCGUAUGCCUGUCUUCACCUCAAAAGCCCAGGAGUGUAAGCUAAAAGCAGCACUGCACAAUCCAGUCCAGUGUGCUCUACUUGGUUUCUCUGCAGCCAGCACGUCGCUUCCUCAGGGAUACCUCUGGGUAGCGAGUGGCACAGAUUCUGCACUGGGUAAUGUGGAGAUUUUUUCCCUGAAUCGAUCUACUCCACGCUCUGUAAAAAGCUUUCAGGUACGAGCUUCUGUUCGGUGCUUGGAGUUUGUGUCUGAGCCCAGUCAUUUGGACGCCGCCGAUCCUGGUCUCCCAAACGCCGCUGCUGCUGGAAACACAGUCUGCGUUGGCCUGGAUGAUGGCAGUAUCCUGGUCUAUGGGAGCAUGGACACAUCAUCUCAGUGUGUUCUGGACCUUCGGAAUGCUACGGGCUCUCCUGUCCUGUGUCUUAAACACAGGUCAAACUUCCUGUUCGCAGGCCUGCAUGAUGGAACACUGCUCAUCUAUAGAAGAGCACCUGAAGGUGAGUUGUGGAACCCAGAGCCUUGUCGUAAGGUCUUGGUGGGUCAUGAGCCAGUUCGGACCAUGCUGGCUUUAGACGACUCCAUAUGGGCCAGCUGUGGCAACUCUGUCUCAGUCAUCGACGUCUCCAGCCUGUCCAUACAAAGGUUUGAGGUCCACCAGGAUCCAACGGUGAGCGUGGCUCACAUGGUACGAGCCGGUGGAGGGGUGUGGAUGGCAUUUUCUGAAGGUUCUUGCAUUCGCUUGUUCCACACAGAGACCCUGGAACACUUACAAGAGAUCAACAUCUCCACACGCUCCUCAUUUCACAGUUCAAGUCAAAAGAAUCUAAGGGUCACCAGUCUGUUGAUUUGCCAGGGCUUGUUGUGGGUGGGCACAGCCCUGGGCAUCAUCAUCACACUGCCUGUACCAAAGCUGGAAGGCAUCCCUAAAAUAACAGGUAAAGUGAUGACAUCGUUAAAUGCCCAUUGUGGUCCUGUGGACUUUCUGGUGGCAAUCAGCAGCACUCUGUCCCCAGAUCUGCUGAAGCGAGAUUCAGUUGUAGAAGCACUCGACUCAGCCUGUGGGGGGGAGGAGCGAACUGACUCUUCCUCCCAAGAGUCCCUGCCACAGAGUAGCAGCUCUUCAGUUGGUGAAGGCAAGGGAACCCGGAGGAGUGUACUUCUCCAAUACCGAAUCCGCUCCACCAUGGGCUUACCUGGCCGUCCACUGACCGCUCGAUGUGACGAGUCCUCGGAUUCAUCUUUAGAGUCUUUAGAACACAGCCUCGAGGACGGCUCAAUCUACGAACUCAGUGACGAUCCAGACAUGUGGGUCAGGGGUCGACCCUGUGAGAAGGACGGCCAUAGGAGGGACAGGGUUAUGUCUGCAGCUAUUAUCUCUGGAGGGAAGGGAUUUAGAAGACUUAGAGACGGUGUAGUAGGGGAUAUGGCAGAAUUGCCCGAGUGCUGCCUUAUGGUUUGGCAACUACCACUCACCAUAUAAAAUGUGAUAUCUAGGUUUCAGUAAGCUGUACACAUUUUGGGCAUCUUAAGAACAACACUUUAAAGUUGUUUUCUGUAUUGAGGAAAUGUUUUUUGGUUCUGGUUUCAGUGGUUUAGAGUCCAUGCCAGAGCAAACUGCAAUCACACCCAUAUAAAACAGAAUAAAAAUAUUUAAACAGUGUUGCUUUUCAUUAGUGACAGUUAUAAUAUUUACUGAGAUUCACACUUGCAAUAAAGGUUUUUAGUCAUUCUGAAACUAUUGAUUGUGUUCAACAAUCAAUGCAUUCACAAUGAAAAAAAAAAAAAUUAUCCAGUGAGACGACAAAAAUGGUGUUCCUUUGCAUGGAUCUCCAGGAAACACUUCCUUUCCAGUAACACUUUCAGGCCCUUCUCUGAUUACAGCUAUUCCCCCAAGUAUGGCUCAGGGCUGUGAAUUCAUUUUGGAUUGUAGCAUGUCUGCACCACAUGGAUGGAAGUGAAAUGCCACGCAGGGAUUUACGAUUACUUUUGACAUGAAGACAGUGUUUAAUUCUUUGAAAAAAAAAAUCUCCUGCUUAUUGCUUUUUGGUUAAAGAGCGAAUGCUAUUGUUGCUCAGUGUGGUACGUUCUUUGCAUGUCACUAAUGAAAAACGAUAAACUUGUGGUUGCAUUUUUCAAUCUGGAAUCAAAUGGAAUCUUUUCCAUUUCUAAUGUUUUCCACCAUAUAUAACUAUGAGCUAGCACGUUAAGCCUACAGUAUGCCAUUUAUCUGACUGUCCUGUAUACCCCAAAUGCCAUACAGGUCUUCAUUAACAGUAUUAACAUUACUGUAUAAUGUGGAAGGAAAGUUUCACAAAUUUCAAAAACAAAACUGCACAUCAAGAAACAAACUUUAACAUUUCAGCAAAUGUACUGUGCAUUCCAUACAACAAUAAAUCUGAGUUCUUGAGCCAAGAACUAUUUUUCACUAUGCAUUGCUUGAGUAGAUUUUCCUCUUGAGAGGAAACAUCAUCCCAAACUUGGGUAAGGUCAAGAUGUGUCCUGGAGAUACUGUACAAAAUGCUUCUCUGAAAGUCUUGGUGUUUUAGAAACAUAAAAUCUUCACAGGUCAAUUCUACUACUCUUAACUUCAGUACAAGGUGAUGCACUGUGUGUAUAUGUACAUUGGAUAUCUUUUCUUCAGAUCAUCCUUUUAGUCUUUGUGAAUGCAUUCAGCUCCAGCUUUAUCAUGGGUCAGUGCUGCUCAAAUACUCAAAAUUUCCUUAAAGCCCGCAGCCAGGUCAUCCUUGGUGGAUCAUUUUCUUUAGUAUUCACCACAUCAGAGCACUACUGAAGGGUCUAUUUUAUUUCAUAGAGUUUGAUGAAAUCCUAUCACCAAAAAGGUGAUGGAGGAAAAUUGAAAGUAGUUUCUAUGUCUAUAUGGAGUCUUUGAGACAUUUCUCAGUUCAUCAUUGCUUAGAACAUGAACUCUCUUUUUUGUGUGGGUCAGGUCAGCAAGAAAGGUGUAAAGACCCUUUAAUCAGCUUCAAAUAUGUCACACAAACAGCACUUUGGAGGAAAUUUUCAUGUAUGUAUGUAAAAACAUCAAACAGUUCAUGUUCAUAAUAUGGAAUCAAAUACAGUACCACAUUUGAUGAUCUGAUUCAUCAGAAGGUGUUUGUUAUUGAUUGAUUUUUUUUUCUUUGUCUGAACAUUACAGCAUUAUUUUAGGGUCCUUGGUCUGAUAUGGUAUAGUGUCUAUAAUUAAUCUUUAACAUCCAUUUGUAUGGCAGACAAUAGUAAGACAAAAUAAUAAGACAAAAAGAAAGCUUAUGGUCAUGUACAGUAUAGGGUUUCUGGAAAAAAAACAUUUAUUUAUCAUUUAUGAAAGGAAUCCCAAGGGUCACAGCCAAAGUUUUAGCCAUGUAUAGAGAAGUUCAUGUUUUCGGUCUUACUUGUAACAACGGGAUAAAAAAUGGCUAUAAAGAAAUAACUUAAACAAACUAUAAAACAGUUAUUACUAGAUGUUACUUGUUUAUCCAUCACUUUACAACGUAAUGAGUAACAAUAAAUGAAUAAAAAUUAUGUAAUUACAUUCAAAAAUAAGCUUCAAGUUGGUCUCCUAGGAUAGGCU